CUUCCUUGCUCUUUCCCUGCGGCGGAGGAGGAUAAAGAAAGAGAGAAUUUUUAACAGCGCCGCCCGCCUCGACACCAUCGGAGUCGAUCAAGGGCGCGGGAUCGUGAUGUCGUCUCCGAGCAAGCGCCGCGAGAUGGACCUCAUGAAACUGAUGAUGGGCGACUAUAAGGUGGAGAUGCCGAAUGACAAGAUGCAAGUGUUCUUCGUGGACUUCCAUGGUCCCAAAGAGAGCCUUUAUCAAGGAGGCGUGUGGAGAGUAAGGGUGGAACUACCAGAUGCUUAUCCUUACAAGUCUCCCUCAAUUGGCUUUGUAAAUAAGAUGUAUCAUCCUAACGUCGAUGAGAUGUCUGGUUCGAUUUGUUUGGAUGUUAUCAAUCAAACUUGGAGUCCCAUGUUUGAUCUUGUCAAUGUAUUCGAAGUGUUUCUCCCGCAACUCCUUCUGUAUCCGAAUCCUUCAGAUCCAUUGAAUGGGGAGGCUUCUGCGCUAAUGUUGCAUGAUCAAUCAGCUUAUGAACAAAAAGUGAAAGAAUAUUGCCGGCUAUUCGCAAAGCCGGAGGACGUCGGUAAUUCUCCAGAAGACGAAUCAAGCGACGAAGAAAUGAUGGAAAAUGAAUAUGAUUCUAGUGAUGAACAAAUGUUAGGAAAACCCGACCCUUGAUAAUAGGGUUCACUGUUCCCGGCACAUUGUUGCAGGGCGAAAAGAAAUCAGAUCAUUUCAUAUGCCACAUUGUAAAUAAAAAUACUCAACAAUGAAAUUAUAUAUAUAUGGGGAUUCUUUGAAAUGACU